GUUUUGAUUUGAAAACAAUGGUUAAGAGGAAGAAGAAACCAAUUACUAAAAGUGAUUCAUUGAUGGCUGACAUUGAAGUCAAUGAUUUGUUUAGUGAAUUGUUGGCCGAAAAUAAAAGACUUGUUAAUGUAUUGAAUGAAUUGAAAAGUUAUUUGAAAAUAAUUCACAAGAAAUACGAGACAAUGAUUACUGACGAAGAUAUCAAACAGUGGCAGACAUUACAACAAUCAAUGGAUACAACUGUAGAGGAAUACAAUAGUAAUAAUAAUCUAAGAGUUAAGCUGAAGAAUAAAAUUGAUUUGAAUAGGAAAUCAAGUGAUGGAAAACAAUCGGCAAAUAAUGAUAACAACAUUGAUGUCAAUGAAGAAGACACCAAUCAAUUGUCAGUACAAUCUCUGUGUCAGACAACUAUCACCACAAGUGAAGUGUCAAAAACAGAGACAAUUCGUAGAAGUAGUCGUAACACAAAUAGUAAACCAUGCGAUGACUAUCAGAGACGCAGCCGCCAGCCAUACGAUUGCCGACACACUGAUUGUGGCCAACAGUUUAAACUGAAGUCACAGUUAACUCGUCAUUACAGUGAAUAUCAUGCGGACAACGACGACGACACGUCACUUGAGCACACGUGUCACGUGUGCGACAAGACAUUCAAACUGGCGGUUCAAUUGCAACGACACGUGAAUAGACAUGAAAUGAGCCGACGGUCGGCAUACAAGUGCUCGGAAUGCGGCAGAUAUUUCACUACUAAGAGAAAUCUCGAAAGACACCGACAGACUAUACAUUUGAUUGUUAAUGUCGGCCAAACCACUGGUCGUACGCCAGAUACCGAACCCGACAGAUGCCUGACUGAGUUUACUCAGCAAACGUUUGACCCGAAAACACGAAAAUACAUUUGUCCCGACAACGGAUGUGGAUUGCCGUUCAAUACGGCCAGAGGUGUCUACAAUCACUUUAUCGAAACGCACGACACGACCACUACUGACUGUCUACCACUUGAUGAUAAUAAUGAUGUUUGUAGUAGUGAUCGACAACUACUAGUACUGUUGAGGCAAAACAAUUUCGAUGAGUCGACCGAACGAUAUUUGUGUCCAUUUACCGACUGCGACCGUACGUACGCAACAAAUCGUAAUCUUAGUCUUCAUUUUCAAGCGGUUCACUACAAGCCAAACGAUAGACCGUAUGUUUGUCGGGUGGCUGACUGUGGUAAGGGAUUCAAACGCAAGUAUAUACUGAAAGAGCAUAUGAAGACACACGACUCGGAUCGGCCGAAAGCCUACCAGUGCUCGCAUUGUCCGAAAUCCUAUUUCAAAGAGUAUCAGCUAAGACAGCACAUGAGUUUCAGACAUCUGAACGAACGUAUACUAAAGUGUGCGAUCAAUGGUUGCGACGAAUGGUUUGGUACAACACAUCAGCGGGCAGUUCACCGACAGUCGGCCCACAACAUGAACUAUGCAUUGAAAUAUCCAACUGAUCGGCACCGAUGCCAGUGGCCUGGCUGUGACUUUACCGGUAACUGUUUGGCAGUUAUACGUUAUCAUACCCGUAUACAUACUGGUGAACGGCCGUACGGGUGUCAGUGGCCAGAGUGUGACAAACGAUUUCGGACUAAAAAAGACUACAAUCGUCAUUAUGUUUGUCAUGAAAAUCUGAAACCCUAUAUCUGCCAGUGGCCCGGUUGUGACUAUCGGGGCAAUUGUAGUGCCAAUCUAGUGGUCCACAAAAAGAUACAUCAAAGACAACAACAACACCUAUCAAGUGAUACUACAAUUAUGACAACAAUUAUCAAUCAAUAGUUAGAAUUAGAAAUAAUAAAAUUUUAUAAAUGUAUUAACCUAUUAAUAUAACUUCAAAAAAAAGUAUUCAAAUUAUGUACAAAAUAUUUCAAAUAACUU